AUGCAGACCACCCAUCUCGGACCCGGUAUGCAAGGGUUCAACAACUCUCGCGUUUCUCUCUUCAAUGCUUCAACCCCGUCGUCGACCACACCCCACUAUGGUGGAGCCCAUCAAAGGCGUCGUAACGACGAAAGCAAUGCGAGGCAGCCGAAUCGAAGUCAUCUUCUUGAUGAUUUCCGCAACAACCGCACCCCUCAACUUCAAAUUACCGACAUCAUCUCGCAUGUGGUGGAGUUCGCGAAGGACCAACAUGGAUCUCGAUUCAUUCAACAAAAACUCGAGCGUGCAUCUGCCAAAGAAAAACAGUUGCUGUUCGAUGAAGUACUUGCUAAUGCACAUGCUUUGAUGGUGGAUGUAUUCGGCAAUUAUGUUGUGCAGGUGAGCUGA